AACUGCUGAUGGGUGGCUGUGAUGGGUACACUGCUGAUGGGCGGCAGUUGUGUAGACUCUGUGAUGAGUACAUUGGUUAGGCUACACUGAUGGCUGUGGUCAGGGGCGGACUGACAACUCAUGGGGCCCCCGGGCAAUAGGGGAUCAUGGGGGCCCCUGUGCCCUUGCCCAAACUCAAAAAAGCCUAUGAAAAAGAUACCAGGGGUAUUUCAUGGGGCCCCCUACUGACCCCGGGCCCUUGGGCAGUGCCCAAGUCCCUCAAUGGUCAGUCCGUCCCCCUGCCCAGA